UGCUCAAACAYCCAUGUGUUUAUAAAAUAUUAUCUUUCACAAAAGGAGUGAAGUUCAGAGCUAACUUAUUUAUAGCUUUAGAUGGAGAAUGGAGAUGAACUUCCAGAGGAUGAGGGUGUUGGAGACGAAGAAUUAUUUGAAGUAAUUGAAAGAGACGAAGGAUUUGAAGAGGAAGAUGGUCUGGCAAUGGGAUUAGAAGAUGUAGAAAUUGGUGAUAAUGAUAGUGGAGAGGGUGAUGCUGAUGCUGAAACAGUAGAUGAUUCACUGCUAACAUUUGAUAAGCAUACUGCAUCAGUUUUUUCAGUUGCUAUUGAUCCUGCCAAUAAUACACAUGUAGUUUCUGGUGGUGAAGAUGAUAAGGCUUAUGUUUGGAAAAUAAGUGAUGGCCAAGUAGCUUUUAACUGUCCAGGACACAAAGAUUCRGUWACGUGUACAGCAUUUAGUCAUGAUUCAAARUUUGUAUCAACUGGUGAUAUGAGUGGGCUGGUAAAAGUGUGGGAAUUAGAAAGUGCUCAAGAAGUGUGGAAUUUUGAAUGUGCUGACCUUGAGUGGCUUGAUUGGCAUCAUUCAGCACAUGUUUURCUUGCUGGGACAGCAGAUGGUAAUGUCUGGAUGUGGAAGAUUCCUAGUGGAGAAACAAAGACCUUCCAGGGACAUGGUUGUAGGUCAACAUGUGGCAUGUUUAUGAAAGAUGGUAUAAGAGCUUGCGUAGGCUAUGAAGAUGGAUCAGUGAAGGUCUGGGAUGUUAAAAAAGGAACUCCUGCAUUUCAUCUUUCAGAUGGAACAAGCCACGAAGGGUCUGUAACCUGCAUUGGAUGUCACAAGGAUGGAAAUUUAAUUGCAACUGGAGCCGAAGAUUCAAAAUCAAAAAUUAUAAAUAGUACCACGGGAAAGGUUUUAGUAACUCUUGAUGCAGGUUUUCCUGAUCCAAGAGAAGAAAAUCCUCCCUCUAUUGAAGCUGUCACUUUUUCUGAUAGUCUGCCUAUCAUAGCAACAGCAUCACUGAGUGGUGUUUUAGGUCUUUGGGACUUGACAACAUAUCGACUACGUCAACAGUGUAAGCAUCCAGCAUCAAUAGUACGUCUCAAGUGGGAUCCAACAAGUUCUAUAUUAUAUUCAUGUUGCCUUGAUGGAGUAGUAAGAGUAUGGGAUAUCAGAUCAGGAAAUUGUGAAAGAGAAUGGUUAGGGCAUAGGUCGGAGAUUCUUGACCUCGCUAUUUCAAGAAAUGGGACAAAAAUUGUCACUGGUUCUGGUGAUAGCACAGCUAAAGUAUUUAAUGUGACAAUUCCUGGCAGGUGAUGAAUUAUUUUUAUUGGGUGCUUAAAACCCAAUAAAAAACUGCAUAGAGCAACAUAGUAGAAAGCUGGACUUUUGCAAGACAUUAAUGAAGAAAGAAGUUUUUUUCAGUUACUGGGAGAAACAGGAUGCAGAAGUGGACACGAACAAUUACAACAGAAACAAGCAUUUCAUUAAUAUUUUAGGUCUGUUCAUACAAAGAUGCAUGUCCUUUCCAGAAAAUGGAAAAUGACCUUUGAGUUAUGGUAACCCUGAAUUAUGUUAAUUGAGUUCCUCUUAGUGGAACCUUGAAACAUGCGUAUCUAGGCAGGGUGAUUUUACAGAAUUAAUUGAUAAUCGAAAAUGUAAUUAUCAUUUAGUAAAUAUUGUUAUAAUAAUUAUUAUAUGAAGACUCAAUUAAAACAAACAUGUGUCUGUCAUGUAGUGUUAAUUACUCUAUAUGAUCAUUUGUCAACACUGUCYAUGUAUAAUUGUCGCUUUUUGCUAUCAGGCAAACAUAUUCUCUAAUCCAACAAAAUCCAUGACGUACAGGUGGGUCCAGACAUUUGUCAGAAAAUGUAAAAGUAAAGUUUCUAAAUGUGACCUAUUCUUUUUGAAUAGGGUAGCAAUCUGAUACAACAAACUAUAACACUACUGUGCAUGGAUUUUCAUUGCUACUCAUUAGAUCAUGAGAAAUAGACCCAAACAUUAUGUAAUAUUUGAGCCAUUAGGUAGUGUCUGGUGAACUAAUUGUUUCUCUGUCAAAUUCAUUUGACAUUUUCAUUAUUGGUGACUGUUUCUAAAAUAAACUGCCUCUACAUCAUCAGGUUUCUGUGAAAUGACA